CUAAAUACAAAAAUAGAUCACUUACCAUUGUUUAAAAUUAUGCCUUUAUCUUUAUUACUUGUCAUGUCUUGAGGAUCAGUAAACCGUCUGCACACAUUUGUCCAUGACUACAACCUUCAUGGUUAUUUCUAUCUCAAACUCAAAUCGAAACGUUUGCUACUAUAUAUCUUUGACUUGACCAUGAGUCACAGAUGUUUAAGUUGUCUGAAGAGGUUAUCCGUUGCAUUCAUUGUCUGCAUUGACAAGUUUUCAUCUUAUAACAGGUGAUUAGGAUCAACUCGAGAUCAACUGGUUUGGAAGGGUCUAUGAAACUAAACUGGGACAACUGAAAAUGUGCAUUUUGUUUUUGCACGUGGAUCCUAAUCCCCCCGAGGGACACUAUAGAUUGAUUGUGGCAACUAACAGAGAUGAGUAUUACAAAAGACCAUCCAGGAACGCAUUUACAGAUGAAUCUAAUAUUAUAGGAGGGGUAGAUUUAGAAAAGGGAAGAGAAGGUGGGAGGUGGCUAGGAUUUACCUCUAAGGAGAUUGGUGAAUCUAAGAAACACUGCCUCUCUGCUCUCUUAAACAUUACCGGAGAAUUAACUGAUAAUCCUAGUGGAAGAGGAACUAUUGUGAAUAAUUAUCUGGAAACUUCUCAAGAUUUUCCACAAUAUGUGAAACAAUUAGGAAAAAAAAAGUUUAAUGGAUUCAAUUUAAUUGCUGUUGAACUAAGUGAAACUGAUGUGAAAACUUACCACUAUAGUAAUACUCCAAAAAUAGAAUCCAUCUAUUCUGGAAAACAUACCGUAGGAUUUGGAAAUAGUCCAACAUACAUUCCUCUACAAAAAGUUAUAGCAGGAAGAAACCAGUUUAUUGAAAUUUUAGACAAAAAUCUCAGCAAAGACUGCCUAGAGAAAGAAUUGAUAGACUUGCUCAAAAAUACUGAUAAACAUCUUCCAGAUUUAGAGUUACAAAAAAGACAGCCGGUACUUUUUGAAUCUCUCAGCUCAAUAUUCGUAAGAACCGACCCUCCAGUUUAUGGAACCAGGACUCACACCAUAGUAUUGAUUGAUUAUAACUGGAAUUUGGAGUUCAUUGAGCAUACUAUGAAGGAUCCAAUUGAUAACUUCAAACCUAUCUGGAUCAAUACAAGAAUUGAAUCAAAACUUUGACAAAAUAUUAUCUAGUGUUCACUCAAUAUAUAUAGAAUUAUGUUAACAAAAAUUUUAAUAAAUU